CGCCACUCCUCAACCAUUCCUCGACGCAGUUGACGAUGUUGCGCCGCUCGAUGAGCCGCGCGCUCUCUACGGCCGCCAAGGCCGCACCCGAGAAACCAGAAUACCCCAAAUCCUUCUUGUCGCACUUGGCCAACCAGCCUCUCAAUGCCUUCAACGUGGGAGUGACUAUUUUGACACUAUCGCUGUCAAUUCAGCUCGUAAACUCGAAUAACGCGGUCAAGGAAGAACAGAAUAAGAACGAGAAGCUCGCCAAGUAUGUGUCUCGGCUGGAAGACCGAUUGAAGGAGCUGAACAUUGUCGUGUUGACGGAGGACGAGCUGGAGAAGGCCGCGGAAGCGGAAGCUUUGCGCCAGGUGGAGUUGGAUUUGCAAGAAAAGGCUAAGACUGCCCCCAAGACCAAGAGUGUCAUGGUGUAAAUCAUGAUAAAGCAACCACAUAUUUCUGCCUUUACGAUGGAACUGUGAAAGCUGCCUACUUCUUGCCCGUUCCAGGAAGCGAUCGCUUGGUCGAGUUCGAG